CAACAGUUUGUUCCUGCUAGUGUGAAAAGAGCUGGUCUGUGGUCAGAGUGUUGCUGCUUCACAGGAAACACAGACUGCAUCAUGGGAGUAAAGACGCUGUUGCCUGUUGUUCUGCUCGUCGCUCUGCUCGAUGUUCUGGAGGUGGCAUUGGUGGCAGGCAGACAUCAUGGCACCUCCAUGCCUGGCUCUCCAUUCAACAUCUCGAAGAAUGAUAGCUGCCUGAAGCAGCUCGUCCUCAUCGCUGCCUACUCCUUCAACAAUCAAUCAAAUGACGCCUUCCUUUUCAAAGCCUCUGUCAUCCAUAGAGCUCAGCGGCAGGUGGUUCGGGGGAUACGGUACAUCAUAGACCUGGAUCUUUCCAGAACUGUGUGCCGUAAACAAAACAGUAUUGAUCUGUCAAACUGUGACUUCCAGUCCGACAGUCGUCUGAACCAGACAUUUCAGUGCCACUUUGAGGUUUGGUUGAUCCCAUGGCAGAAUACCACCAAGACUCUGGUUUUAUUGUGUAAAUCCUGAAACCACCAGUUGCCCCCAUGCUUCAUCAUCAUCAUCAUCAUCAUCAUCAUCAUCAUCAUCAUCAUCAUGGAUGAGCGAAUACAGCAUUAUCUGUAUCUGUUAGCCAUAUGAAUUAACCGUAUCUGUACCCGGAGUGGACGGGGCACACCUGUACAAUAUUCAUGCUGUCUAAUCAGCAUCUUGAUAUGCCACACCUGUGAGGUGGGAUGGAUUAUCUUGGCAAAGGAGAAGUGCUCAUUAUUUAGACAGAUUUGUGAACAAUAUUUGAGAGAAAUUGUUAUUUUGUGUUUAUAGAAAAUAUUUUAGAUCUUUGAGUUCAGCUAAUGAAAAUUGGGAACAAAAACAAAAGUGUUGCGUUUAUAUUUUUGUUCAGUGUAAGUAAGUGCAAACGUAGUAAAAACAAACCUGAAGCUGAAGAAACCCUAAACAUUAACAGAAAAGACCCGUAAAUCAUCAUCAUCAUCAUCAUCAUCAUCAUCAUCAUGGAUGAGCGAAUACAGCAUUAUCUGUAUCUGUUAGCCAUAUGAAUUAACCGUAUCUGUACCCGGAGUGGGCGGGUACAGAUACGCGGUGAGGUCUAGCUGGGUUUUUGUCUUGUCUUGUCAUUUCCUGUUUUAUUUUGAAAGAUAACUCUCCUCUCGUUUCAGGUCACUUGCCCUUCCUCAUGUGUCACCGGUCUGAUUGUCUUCCCCGCCCUGAUUGUUUCCACCUGUUCCCCAUUACCCUGUGUAUAUCUUGUCUGCGUCUCCCUUUGUCUUGUGCCAGAGUGUUUCGUUCUUUCGUUCACCCCAGCCCGUCAUUCCCACAGACCUUGAGCUUCCUUCCCUUGCCACGUAACUUGUGUUGAUGUUUUGCCUCCACGUGAGUGACUUUUUGUUGUAAAUUUCAUAGAAUUAGGUGAUUGAUUUCUGUUCAGUUAGAUAGCGGUUAGCUUUUUGUCCUCCCCUGUGGAGUGAUUUUUUUUGUUACCUUUUCCCUCUUUGCUUUUACAUUUUUCCCUCUUCGGAGUGGCUUUUGGUUUUUGUAGAGUUUAUUCUAGAAUAGUUUAUUUAGAGUAAUUUUCAUAGUCCUUUUUGUUUUGCUUAUUGUGGAUUAUUAUUAAAAUAAAGUCCCAUCCUAUUGGUGAAAAUCUCUGCAUCUGAGUCCUCCUUGAGUCCAGGCCUGACACAUCUAAGAAGGAUAAAUCACGGCUAUCUCCCUAUCCGGGUGCACUUACGGAAGGGACAUUCCCACUCAUGGUUGUGGAAAAAACGUUAUUUAAAACGAUGUUUAGACCGAGGUUGUUUGGUAUAUUCGGACAGAGGACGAUUAGACGAUCGUUUUGAUGUGUGAUAUGUGACUGUGUGAUGAAAAUUGGGAAAGUUAUUAAUAAAAAACGAUCCUAGUGUUUUUGCAAGGUAUUAUGGGUAAUCCCGCGGUGCAUUUUGGUCUAUAAAUCCCGUUUGCGGUAAAAAAAAAAAAAAAAAAGAUAUUUAGAUAGUAGAUUUCCUCCCGAUCGAUUUGAUGUACAAUAUCAUGGGGUUUUGGAACUGUGAAGUAUUAAAAAUUAUGAAAAAACAA